AGACGACGACGUGACUGCUUCCGCAUUGUCCCUCGAACAGCCCGUCGACAUAAACGCCGGCAGCGGUCUAUCUACUCGUGAAGCAACAAAUACUAGGAAUUACCGGUCAGCUUGCCAAACUUGCGUGGUCCCCCGAAGAUAACCGGCCGGACCAUGUCAAAACCCAAAGUACUCCUCACCCGUCCCGAUAUUCCUGCGGAGUCGCUGGAGAAAUUGAAGGCUUUCGCCGAUGUCGAGAUUCAGCCCGAAGAGCGGCCGAUCACCAAGGAGGAGCUCUUGAAAUCCAUCAAGGGCAAGGAUGGACUCCUCUGUAUGCUCACUGACCCAAUCGACGCAGAGGUAAUCGAGGCCGCCGGCGAGAACUUGAAGAUUAUCGCCACCAUGUCCGUCGGCUAUGAACAUAUCGAUAGGAAGACCGCCGAGAAACACAAAAUCGCUGUUUCUAAUACUCCGUUCGUCUCGUCGGACUCCGUUGCCGAGCUAACGGUGACUUUGAUGCUAGUCGCGGGUCGUCGGGUGGUCGAAGCCGCAAACGUGAUCAAAAGAGGCGAUUGGACUUAUUCUUGGGGUCCACAAUGGCUUUGCGGCGCCGGACUCGCCGGAGCGACGAUCGGUUUCGUCGGAAUGGGGAAAAUCGCACGGAGCGUUCUCUCGCGCUGUCAAGCUUUCGGCAUCAAAGAGGCGAUCUACUAUGACAAGUUCCACCCCAUUGAGCCGGCAGAGAAGAUGGGCUGCAAGUUUAAGCCUCUUGACGAGGUCCUCUCCAGCGCCGACUUCAUCGUGACUCUGACUAAUCUCAACGAGGAGACUCGCCACAUGUACAACAAAGCAACUUUCGCCAAAAUGAAGAAAACUGCUGUUUUCAUAAAUACCUCCAGGGGUGGGGUUGUUGACCAGGACGCGUUGUACGAAGCUCUUAAGCACGGCGUUAUCCGCGCGGCAGCUCUUGAUGUCUCCGAGCCUGAGCCUCUGCCCAAAGAAUCGAAGCUCCUGACCCUGGACAACCUCCUCAUCACUCCUCAUAUCGGAAGCGCCGAAACAAACGUUCGAGUUCAGAUGGGAGACUUGGCCGUGAGCAAUAUAUUAGCCGUCCUCGAAGGCAAGGAUCCGGUGACUCCGGUCCGUGAUUGAAUCUCUACGGAUCGCCACCAUGAAGAGGCAGCACCGAUAAAGCAGAAAAACAGGAAAAC